GGCGCCAGGAGCCGAACAGCGCCCCCGCCACCGCGUCUCCUUGCUGCUUUUGUGCUCUCCCGCUCGCCAUGGCCAGCAUUAAGGACCUCGAAGGGAAGUGGCGUCUGGUGGAAAGCCACGGCUUUGAGGACUACAUGAAGGAACUAGGAGUAGGGCUGGCUCUUAGGAAGAUGGGUGCCAUGGCCAAACCUGACUGCAUCAUUACCUGUGACGGCAACAACCUCACCGUCAAAACUGAGAGCACGGUGAAGACGACCGUGUUUUCUUGCACCUUGGGAGAGAAGUUUGAUGAAACCACAGCUGAUGGCAGGAAAACUGAGACGGUCUGCACCUUCGCGGACGGUGCCCUGGUCCAGCACCAGAAGUGGGAAGGGAAAGAAAGCACGAUAACGAGAAAACUGAAGGACGGGAAGUUGGUGGUGGAGUGCGUCAUGAACAAUGCCAUCUGUACUCGGGUCUAUGAGAAGGUACAAUGAGGACUGGCUAACUCGUCAUCCUGGACAGCAGUCAGCUGGCUGAGGGAAUAAGCUCAAUUCAAUGAGCAGGUCGUACAGAACCACACUGCUUCACUUCUUUGGUUUUAUUUUUCAUGACUUUUCAUCACAGACACUUUACCCGAAACCCAUGUCAGACCGUUGGUUUACCCAGGUCAUUCCUUUGGUUAGUAAAUAAAUGCGUUUGUGCUAAUUCAUGA